AUGCUCGUCCUCUCGUCCUCCGCAAAUCCCGCGCUCGCUUACGUGGCGGCGCCUCCGCGCACGCUUUCCCAAGACGAAAUCGCGACCGUGCGAUUGUUUAAGGAGACGACACCGUCCGUCGUGAACAUCACGAAUCUCGGCGUGGGUCGCGACGCGCUGACGCUCGAUGUGCUGGCGGUGCCGCAAGGAUCGGGCAGCGGUUUCAUAUGGGACGAAAUGGGGCAUAUCGUUACGAACUACCACGUGAUCGCGAAUGCUGCUGACGUUAGAGUGACCCUAUCAGACUCCUCAGUGCAUGCAGCGGUGGUGGUGGGGUGUGACGAGGACAAGGACGUGGCAGUGCUGCGAAUCAACGCCCCUCGGGAGUCGCUUCAACCAGUCACCGUUGGAUCGUCAUCAGAUCUCAUGGUCGGGCAACGGGUCUUCGCCAUUGGUAACCCUUUCGGCCUCGACCACACUCUCACAUCAGGCGUGAUCAGUGGAUUGAGGAGAGAGAUCCAAUCAGCAGCAACAGGGCGGCCAAUACAGGGGGUGAUACAAACGGAUGCAGCUAUCAACCCGGGCAACAGCGGUGGGCCUCUUUUGGACUCUAGUGGCAGUCUGAUCGGCAUCAACACGGCUAUCUAUUCCCCCUCGGGUGCUUCUUCUGGCGUUGGAUUCGCCAUUCCUGCUGAUAGUAUCAGCGGCAUAGUGGAGCAGAUAAUAGAGAACGGGCGGGUGGUGCGGCCGGUGCUGGGCAUCUCCUUUGCACCCGAGGAGGCAGUGGAGCAGCUGGGCGUCGAUGGGGUGCUCGUGCUCGACGCUCCUCCUUCCGGGCCUGCAGGCAAAGCUGGUCUCCGGGCCACAUCCAGAGAUAAUUACGGGCGGCUGGUAUUGGGCGAUAUCAUAACUGCCAUUGACAACCACAAAGUCCGCAGUGGAACAGAUCUCUACCGGGCACUCGAUGAUUGCCAAGUGGGAGACACGGUUGCUGUCACAGUACUGAGGGGGGAUAAGGAAGUGACAAAAAUUGCCAUCUUCGUCGUCACAUUGGCAUGCCUCGCUGCAGUAGGAUUCGCGCGCCCGCCGGCAAGCGUUCGCAAUCAGCUGGCGAAGAUCGAGAAGAAUGACGUCUUCAUGGGAGUGUACCAGGGAUCGCUCUAUGCUGAGCUGGAUCAUGUCGACGGCGCUGACAAAAUGUCGGACGGCUACGCCUACAUGGCCAUUUACAAGAAGGACAACGAUUACUACAUCCGAUUCGGCGCGGAGGCCGAGACCAAGGAGCCCGGGGAACCCACCGCGUUCACCGUCAACCUCGCGGCGGACAACAGCCUGGUUAUCGACCUGGGCGCGGGUCAGACGUACAAGAACACCACUUACGAGCUCUGCGUGUUCAAGUUCCUGCAGAAGUUCAUUCCGUAUGAAUACAGGUUCAAGGGAAAGUGGGCCCCGGCCAGCAGUGUCACCGUUGCCGCAGGCCCGCUCAAGGACACCAUUGACGCCAUGAUUCAGAACCCUAAGAACUACUACGCGAUUUUCAACACCGCGACGAACCCCACUGGUUGCGCUAAGGGCGCGUUUGAUUUCAUCCAGCCAUGGUGGAAGCGCCUCCCUCGCGUCAAGAUGGCGUCUGUCCUGCUGCCUACGUCCGUGAAGCCUAAGAAGUAUGUGCUGCAUCUGGAGCCGAAUCUGGAGACAUUCAAGUUCAAGGGCAUCGUGACCGUAGAUUUGGACGUGGUUGAGCCGACGAAUGAGAUUCGGUUUCAUGCGCAGGAGCUGGAGUUGCAUAAGGUGGAGCUGACAACAGGCGAUAAGCUUCUCACAGCGGGAGCAGAUGGAGUGCCGGCAGUCGAGCUGGAUAAGGAGAGGCAAGAAGGGAAGUUGGUGCUUGGGGAAGGGCAGACGCUGAGCACGGGGCCUGCGAAGCUCAGGAUCGAAUACACUGGCAUUCACAACGACAACAUGGUUGGAUUCUACCGGGCAUCCUACACCCGAGACGGUCAGAAGCAGUGGAUGGUAACCACCCAGUUCGAGCCAGUGGGGGCGCGCCAAGCCCUUCCCUGCUGGGACGAACCCGCAGCCAAAGCCACGUUCGAGGUGUCACUGCGCGUGCCGGCCGGGUUGCAAGGCUUGUCCAACAUGGACGAGGUUGGGCGGGAGAAGCAGGCGGACGGGUCGGAGGUGGUUCGGUUUGCGGAGAGUCCGGUUAUGAGCACGUACCUGCUGGCCUUCGUGGUGGGGGAGGUGGAGUGCGUGUCAGACAAGACCAGCAAUGGCACUCUGGUGAAUAUUUACACUACUCCCGGGAGGAAGGAGCAAGGAAGGUUCGCCCUGACGGUGGCGUGCAAGGUGAUCACGUUCUUUGAGGAUUACUUUGGAAUCAAGUACCCGCUGCCCAAGGCCGACCUCAUUGCCAUCCCGGAUUUCGCCAUGGGAGCCAUGGAGAACUGGGGCCUCAUCACGUUCAGGGAGACGGCGCUGCUGGUGGAUGAGAACAGUGCGCCUGCUGCCACCAAGCAGCGUGUGGCUUACGUCAUCUCCCACGAGCUGGCGCACCAGUGGUUUGGUAACCUGGUAACCAUGCAGUGGUGGAACGACCUUUGGCUCAACGAGGGCUUUGCCACGUGGGUGGGGUGGCUGGGCGUGGACUACAUCUUCCCCGAGUGGGAUGUGUGGACGCAGUUCGCCUGCAAUGACAUGGACACGUGCCUUCACACUGACGCCCUGCUGGGCUCUCAUCCUGUUGAAGUGCCCAUUAAUGACCCCAAGGAGAUUGAACAGGUGUUUGACGCGCUGAGCUACUCCAAGGGCGCGUGUGUCAUUCGGCAGCUGGAGGCCGCCAUCGGAGCCGACGCCUUCAAGAAGGGUCUGCACUCAUACCUUUCCAAGCACGCCUACGCCAACACCAUCACCAACGACCUCUGGAACUCCCUCGCCGAGGCCUCGGGCAAGCCUGUCCGUGAGAUGAUGGCCAGCUGGACGGCCCAGAUGGGCUAUCCGCUCAUCUCCAUCCUUCCCCCCAGCCCGGGCAAGCAGGGCGUGCGCCUCAGGCAGACCCGCUUCCUCUCCAAGGGGCCUCCUAGUGAGGCAGAGGAUAAGCAGCUGUGGUGGGUGCCUGUGACGGCAACGACGGGGCGAGUGGGCGGAGGCGAGGGGAAGAAGCUUGAUACGGUGGUUUUAUCGGAGAAGGAAGGGGAUGCGGAAGGGUUUGUGGUGCCGGAAGGGGAGGGCGGAUGGCUGAGGGUGAACGCGGGGCAGACGGGGAUUUUCCGCGUGAAUUACACGGAGGAGCAGUGGAAGGGGAUUUCGGCUGCUGUGGAGGCGCUGCAGCUGCCUGUCAUUGACCGACUGGGAUCUGUCAUGGACGCCUUUGCGCUGGCCAAGGCGGGCAUCAUCAAGACCAGCCAGGCACUGCAGCUGGCAUGGGCGUUCAAAAACGAAACCGAAUACACCGUAUGGGCGCAGAUAGCAGGGGACAUAGGCGAGCUGGAGAUCCUGAUCGGCGCGUUGCAGCAGAAGCCCCUUCUGGAGGCGGUCGGCAUGCAGCUAUUCACUCCCAUCGCUGACAAGCUGGGCUGGGAGCCCAAAGCGGGCGAGUCUCAUCUGGACGCCAUGUUGAGGCCUCUGGUGCUGGGCAAGCUAGGCAGCUACCAGCACGCCCCCACCAUCGCCAAGUGCCAGGAGCUCUUCAAGCAGCUCACUGCUGACGUCUCCUCCGUCAACCCUGACCUGCGUCGGGUGGUCAUGUCUGUGGCCGUGAAGUAUGGAGGCAAGGAGGAGAUGGAGGCCACUAAGAAGCUCUACAGGGAGGCAACCACGCCCGACUUCAAGAUUCACUGCCUCGUUGCGCUCUCCUCUGUGAAGGACCGAGAGCUGUACAAGGAUUUCCUGGCAUUCGCCCUUGACGAGACUGAAGUGAAGGCCCAGGACCAAUACAUUGUCUUUAUGACCAUGGCAGGCAAUGCAGCCAAUCGCGAGUUUGCAUGGGAGUAUUUCAAGGAGCACUAUGACACCAUCCAUGCCCGCUUCGCCUCUGCUGCUGCCCUUUUCAAGGAGCAUUUCGAUGCCAUUCACGCCCGCUUCGCGUCUGCUGCUGCGUUAUUUGCGCGCAUACCAGCACUGCCCCUCAAGGGGUUUGCCACAGAGGACAAGGCUCGUGAUGCGGAGGCUUUCUUCGCCGCCCAUCCGGUCCCGGCCGCAGCUAUGGAACUGGAGCGGACACUUGAGACCAUCAGGGCCCGUGCGGCGUGGCUGGCACGAGAUGGGGAUGAUAUUGUGGCCUGGCUCAAAUCAAAGGCGUCAUAG